AUGCAAGAUAACAAAUCCUUAAGGGAGUUCGUGAAACGGUUUGGUCAAGCCGUACUUCAGGUAGAGGCUUACAGUAUGGAUGCUGUCCUGCAGAUCUUCAAGCGAGGCAUCUGUCCAGGCACUCCAUUUUUCGAAUCACUUGCUAAAAAGCUUCCAACAACGAUGGACGACUUGUUCAGACAUGCAAACAAAUACUCAAUGCUCGAAGAUGACGUACGAGCAACCACCCAACAAGUCUUGGUUGCUGGACAGGCAUCUAGAAGUGGCGCGGAUAGAAGUGUCAAACUUCCGGACCGGCCAAGGCCGUCCGAUCGAAGGCAGGAAGGGCCAGGUCGCCCGGAAAGACCGCCCCUCACGCCUCUCUCCAUAUCAUAUGAGAAACUUCUCCCUAUGAUCCAAGGCAUGUCCGACUUCAGGUGGCCUAGACCCCUCGGAACGGACCCAUCCAAAAGAGAUCAUAGCAAAAAAUGUGCCUUCCACAAGGAGCAUGGUCACACAACGGAAGAAUGCAGGUGCCUCCAUUAUUUGGUCGAAAAGCUCAUAAGAGCGGGACACUUAAAACAAUACCUCCCCUCAGAUGCCGGAGGUAAAAACGCUUCUCAAAACCACAACACUGGAGCCCCCAGGGCCCCAGCCACCCCCAAAGUCGUUAUAAACUAUAUUAACGGAGGUCCAUCUGACGAGGAGUAUGACUCCAAAUGA